CCAGAAUUGGAGUCAUAUUUGCGAUUUCACGUCUGUUCGAAUGUCCAAGUGAAGCACCUUGAAUUUGUCUCUGAAGCGUUCCUUUCCUUUCUUGCUUGCCACCCCAAAGUCAGUCGACACAAAAAUGGCAGAGGAUCUGACUUCACAAGUUCUACAGGUCCUCGCCUCAGCAGAUGGACCAGUCCUCACCUCGGAAGCCUUUCCUAAUGCCAGUUUCAAUACUGUGAAGGCCGCACUCGACAGAUUAAGAUCACGGGAAUACAUCCAAGUCGAUCAGUUGGACAGCUUACAACUUGUUCUCACGAAAGAAGGCGAAGGAAUUGCCGAGAAUGGCAGCAACGGAGCAAGAGUUUUCGAGGCUGUACGAGCGGCGCUGGAAGGUCUUUCAAUUUCAGACCUGCCCGCUGCGGUGGGUGAUGCAAAUGUCGCAAAAUUCGGUUCAGGAGACGCUUUCAGACAGAAAUGGGUCAAGAAAGAUGGAGACACUCUCAGAGCGACGACAGACAAAAUCGUAGACGAGGUCCAACAACAACUUCAACACAUCCGUCAGAACAAGUCACUGGACAACCCCAAGACUGUGGCAGAUUUCAAGAAGAGGAAAUAUGUCGUUGAUCAAAAAACGGUGACCUUCAAGGUGUCCAAGGGACCAAAGUUCUCGACGGAGUUUGUCAAGGAAGAGACGGACUUGACUGCGGAGAUGCUGGCCUCGGGCGCGUGGAAGACCGUUCAAUUGAAGCCGUAUAACUUCAAAGCAAAAGGUGCUCCGACACCAUCUGGUGCACUCCAUCCCCUGAACAAGGUGCGGCAAGAAUUUCGAGAGAUCUUCUUCGAGAUGGGCUUCGAAGAAAUGCCUACAAACCGUUAUGUGGAGACUGGCUUCUGGAACUUUGAUGCGCUUUUCGUGCCACAGCAGCAUCCCGCCCGAGACCUUCAAGACACCUUCUACAUCUCAGAUCCUUCGACGGCUGACCCUCCGAGAGAAGAUCCCAUCCCUCCUGCUCCUGGCUCGAAAGAGCUGCCGGCAACCCACAAACGAACAAAGUCGAGAGAAAAGACGCUGGACUACAAACAAUACUGGGAGGACGUAAAGGCUGUGCACCAGGAGGGCAAGUUCGGCUCGAUAGGUUAUAGAUACCCUUGGUCGGCAGACGAGUCUCUCCGGCUUGUACUUCGAACUCACACCACCGCCAUUUCUACCUACAUGCUGCACAAAUUGGCCCUUAACCCGAGACCUGCUCGAUAUUUCUCCAUCGAUCGUGUCUUCCGAAACGAGACUGUCGACCAGACCCAUCUGGCGGAAUUCCACCAGGUUGAAGGUGUGAUUGCAGACUGGGGCUUGACACUUGGUGGUCUGAUAGGUUUCAUGGAGGUCUUUUUCGGCAAAAUGGGUAUUCGGAACCUCAGGUUCAAGCCUGCCUACAAUCCAUACACCGAGCCCAGUAUGGAGAUUUUCAGUUAUCACGAAGGGUUGAAGAAGUGGGUGGAGAUUGGAAACAGUGGUAUGUUCAGACCAGAAAUGCUGGAACCGAUGGGUCUGCCCAAGGAUAUGCGUAUCUAUGGUUGGGGUCUGAGUCUGGAAAGACCGACCAUGAUUAAAUAUGGUGUGAACAAUAUUCGAGAACUGCUGGGUCACAAGGUUGAUCUCAAUUUCAUCGAGACGAAUCCUGCUGUACGGCUAGACAAGGACUGAGCGAGCUAUCUUGUGGGACCACGGCCAUGAGUUAUGAUGAUGGAAGUUCGACGCAGAAGCCGAAAAACUUCUAGACACGCCGACGACGAGGGAAGAGAAAGAUAUCUGUUGCUGAAUGAAGACAAAAAGAAGGGCUAGACAUUGAUACCCAACUGUUUUCUGACCUUUCAACUUACUCUACAGUUUUGCUGACCUUUUCUUUUGUUAAACGCGACGUGGCUUUGACCUGACCUGAACCGGCACAUCAAGGCUUCCUCAGACCAAUCCAUGACUGGGGAAGUAGAAAAGAAAAAAACAAAUCAUACAUACAAAAGCCGAACAUCAAGAAACAAAAAGAGCCACCUUCUGAAGAGCUGUGACUUUCCGAGAUUAAGAGUCAGAGCACAGAUACGGGUUGCACAACGUGAAUAGUGUUGUUACUUUGGUCGGGGUGAGGAUUCAUAACGUGCGGAUAUCACUCUGGUCAAGGUAUGAGAGAUUCACGGCGCGAAGAACGAGGAACCAAGGUUGUGACUUUUGAAAGUAAUGUUGUAGUAGUUUGUUUUUCAUUUCAAGGCCGAACUGGGGGGCAUUACUCGGCAAAUCUACCUGUCGAGUUUCAUCCAUCCUAGCUCUGGUGAGCAUGAAAUAGCUGCUGAGCGUCGAAGUUCCCCUGCGUCGCCAACAUGUGAAAACCUCCCGAAUUUG